CCACCAUUUCCCUCCCCUCACAACGCGCCAUAAAAACCAACAAAAAACCAAAAAACCAAACGCCAAAAAAAACGCAAGAGAACAUCCCGCAUCAUCGCCAACCUCCCCUAACCGGAGCCGCCGCAACCGGUCCUCCAUCCCCCCAAACCCACCAUGACCAAAACCCAUAAAUCCUCCUCCUCCACCACCACCACCACAACCACAACCACCUCCACCUCCACCUCCACCUCCGCCUGCGCCGCCUGCAAAUACCAGCGCCGCCGCUGCACCUCCGACUGCAUCCUCGCCCCCCAUUUCCCCGCCAACAAUCCUCUCCAAUUCCGCAACGUCCACCGCCUCUUCGGCGUCUCGAACAUCCUCAAAAUCCUCAAGAGAGUCGCUCCUCAGCUCCACAAAGAAACCAUGACUUCCAUCAUCAUGCAGUCCAAUAUCCGGGCGCAGGAUCCCGUCGGCGGUUGCUAUCGUUUUAUACUCGAUCUUAAGUUUCAGAUCGAUCGUCUCUCCGCGGAGCUUCAGUUCGUUCUCAACCAGCUCGCCUUCUAUCGUCCGCAGUUUGAUGCUACGGCCAAUGUGGCCAGUUCUGGUGACGCCAACUACACUCAAGCAGUCACCGCCGUUGAUGCCUAUGGAAAUAUGACAAUCAUGCAGCAACAACCGCAACAACAACUACAACAACAAUAUUGCAACUCUUUCUCAUACGACUUCCAAGAAAAACAAGACUCUAAUCAUGGUGUGAUUGCUCCUGAUAACAAUAACAACAAUCUAAGCAGUGGAAUUGGGUUUGAUGUGAACAUGGAUAAUCUUGGGAAUUCAUCCUUGGAGAUGGAAAUGAUGGGCUCAUGCCAAAAUUGUGUGCAAGAAGAUGCAAUGAAACCCUUUGCUGAAAUAUUUGAUAUGGAGAAUACAUUUGAAUAUGGUGAGAACUCCAAGGAUCUCACAGUUGCUUCAUCUUUCGUGGCACUACAUGCCAGCCCUAACAAUGUACUGAGAGAUGAUGGAAGUCCUAACGAACAAAUGCAAGAACAUGAAUUGAAGGUUGCCACCGCAUUGUUCCAUUAAAAAUUAUGAUACCUCCGUUGUCUAAUUGUUAAUAAUCCAUGAUUACUUUGUCUUCAUUCCAUGA